AUGGGUGGACUCUUUCCACUCAAGACACAAGUUGUGAAGUGCUGACAACUUUAAAGAUGAUCACACUGUGUCUGAUAUUUCCACUUCUCGUAGAGAUGGUUCAUGGAGUAGCUGGGACUGAAUCCUCAUCCAUCAGUCAAAAGAAUGGUCUCAAGUCAGCCAACAUUGGAGACGCAGUGGUUUUGGACUGCUUCAACAAAGGCAACGUGGGAGUAAUGUUCUCCUGGUACAAGCAAACUUUUGAAAAUAUUCCUCAGCUCAUCUCGACCAUCUAUAAGUUGGACAAGAAUGCAACAUUUUACCAGGAGUUUAAGAAUAACCCUCGCUUCUCAGUGGAAGGUGGCCAAGGGAAAAAUAAUCUAAUGAUCGCAGAUGUGGAACUCUCUGAUUCAGGCACAUACUACUGUGGAAGUUCUUAUGGAAACAAUUUGGAAUUUGGAAAAGGAGUCAUUCUCAUCAUAAAAGGAUCAAAUUCCAGAAAUAUGACUAUACUUCAGCAGCCUGUGUCUGAGUCAAUCCAGCCAAGAGAUUCUGUGACUUUGAACUGUACAAUUCACACAGAGACCUGUGCAGGAGAACACAGUGUCUAUUGGUUCAGACAUGGCUCAGGAGAAUCCCAUCCAGGAAUCAUUUACACCCAUGGAGACAGGAGUGAUCAGUGUGAGAAGAGCCCUGAGGCUGGGUCUCCUACACAGAGCUGUGUCUACAACCUCCCCAAGAGGAACCUCAGCCUCUCUGAUGCUGGGACUUACUACUGUGCUGUGGUCUCAUGUGGGGAGAUACUGUUUGGGAACGGGACCAAGCUGGAUGUUGGAGAUGGUUGUAAGGAGGACCGUGUUCUCUUGGUGUACUGUCUGGGUGCAGCGUUGGGUCUGUGUUUCAUCAUCAUCAUUGUCCUUGGUUGUGUUUUGUAUAAGAUCAGCAGUAGAGAAUGUGAACAGUGCAGAGGGGCGCCCCCUCAGCCAAGUACUCCGGAGGUCCCCAGUCAUAACCAGGAUCAAGAUGUUGACACAAUCCAUUACGCCGCUCUGAACGUCGUCCACAAGAAAGUGAAGGCCGGGAGAGAGAGGAGUGCCAUGGAGAGAGACACUGUGUACUCUGGUGUGAGAGUCCAAAACAUGGACUGA